AUGAUUAACGACUACAAGCUUGCGUUAGAUGCCCUUACUGUGAGGCUUGAGGAUUAUGAGAAGAACCAGGGGGUAACUGUUGUUGUGAAGUCUUGGAAGGCCGAUGUUGCUGAGCUGAGGAGAGAUAUGGACGAGUUGAAGUCCAUUGACCUGUCGAUGUUGUUCAGUACGGUGGAGAUUGCUGAGGUCUCGAGCACCUAUAUUCCAGCUACUUUUGAGGUUCCUUUGGUUAUUACUAGUGAUGAGAUUAGAGCUGAUAAUGUUUAUGUUGAGUCCGAGGUUGAGACAGAUGAGGAACAAUUAUGUGUUCGAGAGGAGACCGUAUAUGAGGAUUUGGAAGACUUGGAGGGUUCCAUGUUUGAUACAGUUAGGCAGGCAUCACUCCGGGAACUUCUAUGA